AUGGUCGGCCUCCUUCUCGUUCCGUACAAUGACAGCAUGCGCCUCGGUCAGGGGUACAACUCGUUCCUCCAGGAGGCGCGUGUAGACGGUGCAGUUACCUUUGGCAAGGAGCGCAUCGCGCAGACAAGCAUUGACCAGACGGCGCCCGGGUCGCAGGUCGUCAGUCACUCGUCGCGGUUCGUCGAGAAGCUCUCGGAUAUCACGCAGUUGAUGAAUAUCUCGGCGGGCAGUUCAAUCAAGAGCGGGAAGAUUGGCGUUUCGGGGAGUUCGCUCUCCGUUGAUGAGAACAAGUUCUCCUCGUCUGAUAUCAACGCCCUGGUCUCGGUCAAGGUGAUCAAUCGUGAUAAUCAUAACCUGUGCAAUUUCAAAAACAUGGACUCGGAAAUCUUCCACGACUGUUACGGCGACGCAUUCAUCUCUGGCUUCGUCGAAGGAGGCGAACUGCACGGCAUCGUCUCCGUGCGAGCGCUUGACCGCAGCCAAAAGGGCAGUAUCGAGUCCGCCCUCAAAAGCGCCAUCAACAGCGCAACCGAAACCAAUGACUUUACCUUCUCAUCGUCUGGCAUGGCGGAGGGUGUGGAUUCAGCACUGAGCGCAUCCGAGACCACCAUCUCCGUCAACUGGAUGGGCGGCGGACAUAUCAAAAACGAGCAGGACGAAUGGUCGCUGCAGGAGCUGUUCCAGGCGGCCGCGGCAUUCCCUGCGCGCGUGAGCAAAACGCCCAAACGCACACAUGCCAUCCUGACCAAGUAUGACAAUAACGCCAGCUUCCUGGAGUGGGCGCAGCCGCGCCAGAUCCUGAUCCCGCAGUAUGAUGCCUCGGAUGGGUACGCGCGCGAGCUGUUGGAUGUGUAUAUGGCGUACAAGGCGCACACGACACUCAUUCGGGAUGCGGUGGCGGCGCCGGAGAAGUAUCAGAAGAGCGAGGCUGUGGAUGCGGUGGAUGUUUCGAUGCGGGAGCUGGAGAUGACGCGGAAGAUGAUGAGGGCGGAGAUGGUGACGAUUGUGGAGGAUAUUGAUAAACUGGAUAAAACGCCUCACUUGGCUCAAAAGAUCCAAGCCGAGUCUCGAGUGACGGCGCCGGAGCUGUGGGCCGUUCGCCUGCCAGUGAGGAUAUAUAUUCUCUGCAGCUUGCAUUGA